AUGGCGCCACAACAAGAACUCUCAAGCUCUUCCACGGUCUCUUCGACAUCCUCCGCUACCUCUCCCCCAACGCAACCAUCACCUGGACUAAAACCAUGCUGCGCAUGUCCCGAUACGAAGAGAGCAAGAGAUGAAUGCAUAUUCCAUGAAGGCGAGGAGAAUUGUAAAGAUCUUAUUGAGGCACACAAAGCAUCGCCAAGUAAUGAGAAUUCAAGUGAAAUUGCACAAGUUGGGUUUCAUAACGGAGAAGUUUCAGGGAACUUAUAUUUAAAGGAACGCAGCUGA